AAAAAAUUUAGUUUAAUCUGCCGUGACUGACUCAUAAGAACUUCAACUUUUAGCCCUGCCACUUUAAUUUCUUUUUUGAAAUGGUGCUCUCUGCUCGAAGUGAAGUCACGAAUUUGUUAGGUCGAAUUGGAAGACAGGCCAAAUCAAGGCACGGUCAAACCGGAAGACUUUGGCAGCUCCCAAGUUUGUUGAAUCUCAGUAGUUGAACUACACCGGCCUUCAGAUCUUUCUUGUUCCACUGAUUCAACGUUUUCUGGACAUAUUGAUUCAGAUUUUCAUCUUGUACCAUCAUCACAAACAAAUGGUAUUAGUCGGGGGAGAAGCUUUAGGAGCAUCGUUUCUGGUGCUGUAUGAUGCCAUUAAGGAACUGAAUGACCAUCCUUUGAUGUUAAAAUCCCUCCUUGGAGAUAUCAAAUCCACACGUUCUAUAAAGCACCACUGAUUAAAGAGACAGCAGAGGAUGAAAAGGAAUUGGAUUUUCCAGAGGAUGAACUACAAAAUUUUAGAGUACAAAUGGAGGGGGAAGUUGAGCUAAUUCGCAAGUGCUCCAAGGUUGGUCCUUUGAGUCCUUACAAAAAAUAUAAGUAUGCAAACAAACUAGUUGAAUUGGGAAAUUCUAUGCAAAGACUGUUGGAUAUACUGAAAGUGCAUGGCAUAAGAGAUGUUAAGAAAACCUUGGUUAUGGUAAAGAAUAUUGAGACUAUGGUCCAGCAAAUUGAUCAAUUUUGGGAGACAAAAUAAUCCAUCUGAAAUUAUUGAAGGUUGGUGUGCAAUACCUGAACCUCCACCGCUUGUUGUUGGAUUGGAUGGGCCUUUGAUGGAAUUGAAGAUGAAGCUUUUCAAAGAUGAUAUAUCAAUGCUUGUACUAACUGCGCCUGGAGGAAGUGGGAAAACUACACUGGCAAUAAAGUUUUUUCAAGGUGGAGAAGUCAGAGGACGCAUUGAUUCAGAUUUUUGUCUUGUACCAUCACCACAAACAAAUUUGUUGAAUCUCAGUAGCUGAACUAGACCGGCGUGCAGAUCUUUCUUGUUUCACUGGUUCAUGCUUUUCUGGACGCAUUGAUUUGGAUUUUCGUCUUGAACCAUCAUCACCACAAAUGGUAUUAGUCAGAGGAGAAGCUUUGGAAGCAUCAUUUGUGGCACUGUAUGAUGCCAUUAAGGAAGUAAAUGAACAUCAUUUGAUGUUUAAAGCCCUCCUUGGAGAUAUCAGAUCUACACUAGAUUCUAUAGAACCACUGAUCAAAGAGACAGCAGAGGAUGACAAGGAGUUGGAUUUUCCAGAGGAUGAACUUCAGAAUUUUGGAGUACAAAUGGAAGAGGGGAUUGAGCUAAUUCGUAAGUGCUCUAAGGUUGGUCCAUUGAGUACUUACAAAAAAUAUAAAUACACAAACAAACUAGGUGAACUGGGAAAAUCUUUGCAAAGACUGUUGGAUAUACUGAAAGUGCAUAGCAUAAGAGAUGUGAAGAAAACCUUGGUUACCAUAAAGAAUAUUGAGACUAAGGUCCAGCAAAUUGAUGUGAAUAUUGGGAUACAAAAUAAUUCAUCUGAAAGUAUUGAAGGUUCAUGUGCAAUACCUGAACCUCCACCACUUGUAGUUGGAUUGGAUGGGCCUUUGAAGGAAUUGAAGAUGAAGCUUUUCAGUGAUGAGAUAUCAAUGCUUGUGCUAACUGCUCCUGGAGGAUGUGGGAAAACUACAUUGGCAACGAAGUUUUGUCAAGAUGGAGACGUCAGAGAUAAAUUCAAGAACAAUAUCUUCUUUGUAACUGUUUCCAAGAAGCCCAACUUAAACCUUAUUGUAGAAGAGCUAUAUCAACGCAAGGGUUCCCAGGUACCCGAUUUCCAACAUGAAGUAAUUGCACUUAAUUGGCUGUACGAAUUUCUAAACCAAAUGGGACAAGAUCCUUUACUAUUGGUUUUGGAUGAUGUUUGGUCUGAAUCUGAAUUUCUUCUUGAGAAGUUUGAUGAAUGGAGAAUGUCUAACUGCAAGAUCUUGGUGACAUCAAGGUUUGCAUUUCCAAGAUUUGGUUCUCCAUAUAAUUUGAAAUCAUUGAGUGAUGAAGAUGCAUUUGCUCUUUUUAAUCAUUCAGCAUACUUGGGAGAUGUUCGCUCUCAUGUUCCAGAAGACCUUGCAAGACAGGUAAUAAAACAUUGUAAAGGAUUUCCUCUUGCAAUUACAGUGGUUGGAAGAUCACUUUGUGGGCAGCCUAUAGAGAUCUGGCAAAAAAGAUUAAUUGAAUGGACUAAAGGUUCAUCUAUUCUUGAUUCUGAUCAUGAUUUGCUUGUUUGCCUCCAAAGCAGCCUUGAUGCCUUGGAGAAACAAAGUAUUACCAUCAAGGAAUGUUUCCUAGACCUUGGUUCAUUUCCAGAAGACCAAAGAAUACCUGCUACUACCCUCAUUGAUAUAUGGGCGGAGUCAUAUAAAAUAGAUGAAGACUGGCUUUGCAUUGCAAACCUCUGUGAACUCACCAAUAGAAAUCUGGCUACUCUUAUAAUCACAAGGAAGGACCCCAGGGAGGUGGAUGGCUAUUACAGUGAACAUUUUGUUACUCUGCAUGACAUUAUUAGAGAAUUGGCUAUCUAUCAGUCAAGUGUGGAAUCAAUAGAACAGAGAAAAAGGCUGAUAAUAGAUAUGUCUGGAGACAAUUUUCCCGAGUGGUGGACGGAACAGAAAUGUCAACCCAUCAAUGCUCACCUUUUAUCUAUCUCGACAGAUGGAGACUUCUCAUCUAAAUGGCUCAACAUGCAACUACCACAAGCAGAGGUUCUAAUUCUGAACUUUCAGUCAAAGAAGUAUGCCUUACCUGAAUUUGUGGAGAAAAUGGACAAAUUAAAGGUUCUGAUAGUCACAAAAUACGGUCUUUUACCUGCUGAAUUGGAUAACUUUCCAUUACUUGGUUCAUUAUCAAAUCUAAAGAGAAUUAGAUUAGAACGAAUAGCAAUACCUUCCAUGAGCAAGACCCCUGUACAGUUGAAGAGUUUAGAAAAGAUAUCAUUAUUCAUGUGCAAAGUGGGUCAAGCCUUUGACAACUGUUCCAUCGAACUUUUUAAUCUAUUGCCAAAUGUAGUGGAAAUGAACAUUGAUUACUGCAAUGAUUUGGUGAAAUUGCCCGCCAUGCUUUGUGACCUGAUUUGCCUGAAAAAGCUUAGUAUCACCAAUUCUCACAAGCUAUCUGUCUUACCUGAAGAAAUAGGAAAGUUAGUGAACUUAAAAGUGUUGAGGCUUAGGUCUUGUACUGAAUUGUCAGAGCUGCCAGACUCGAUUCGGAACCUCAAAUUGUUAAAUUUUCUGGACAUAUCUGAUUGCUUUAGUAUGAAGGAGCUUCCUGAACAUAUUGGUGAAAUGUGCUGCUUAGAAACGCUAAAUAUGAGACAAUGCUCAAGACUGCAAGAGUUGCCUGCAUCAGUUUUGGAUCUUGAACAGUUGAAGGAUGUGAUUUGUGAUGAAGAGACUGAAAUAUUAUGGAACCCCUUCUUACCCAUUCUCCACAACUUACAUAUCAGGGUAGUGAAAGAAGAUAUUAACCUGAAUUGGCUCCACACGUUUCCAUCUUGAAAGCAUUGUUUUCUCAGUAACUAUUGGAGCGACGCCUCUGUGAUUUGUGCAGCUCCUUCUCUAUAUUGCUCCACAAGGCUCAUUCAUGAGAGUGGUUGAGACACAGUAAUGCCUAUGAUAAUCUACAUUUUAAUGCUCUUUGUUGUAAUUUCUCUGCGAUAUAUAUAAAUGUUUUCAAUAAAUAGUGAAGUGAACCGUCUGUAAAUUAUGUAUUCCAUCACUGGGUUUAUGUAGCUAGUGGUGUGAAGAAGAGAUCUUGAUGUUUCUUGAUGUUGAGAUCUGGUUAGUGGGCGUGAGGGCCUAGCCUCCCAGUUCUUCUGGGUUCCAGCCCUCGACAAAAAAAGAGUGUAGUAAACUUUGUGUAAUGUAUUAUACAACUUUCCUUUUGAGACAUUUGUAUCAGUUCUUACUCUUGACUCUAAUUUCUGGGGAAAUUUCAAUAUCUGAACGCUAA